AAGUGAUCGCAAUAUUUUAUUACGAUUGCACUCCGGGAAGGAUGGACCGAUACAGGUAUUUACGUAAGGCGAAAGAGCCGCGGAAGAUUCUAAAAGUAAAGUCCUCAAAGUAUGAAAGCUCGGAGAUGAUACACAACAACAAAAAAUAUUGGGAAACUAUUUUCAACAAUAUGUCCGCUCCAGCUGAAGGGCCGCUGGAGGAAAAAGAAAUCAACCUUUUGUCGGAAGUUCUGCCAAAUGACCUCUGCGAUAAAGUUUGUAAUAUAUUGCACAUCGGCGUUAUAUCAAAGGAACUCAAGGAAACAGACAACGUUGAAGUGAGAAAACCGCGUAGAUUAGUGAAAGAGCCGUUGUUAUCUUAUAGAAAAACUCUUCACAUAAAUCGAGAAUUGGACUCUGACACCGAUGUUGAAUUUAUCUCAAGUGACGAAGACGAAAAGCCUAGUAUUCAUAAAGAGUUCCUGAAGAAACCAGAACGAGAGCAGAUAACAUGGAAUACCCGCUAUCUUGAGCCCGAAAGAGAAGACGAAAAGACUUUAGUUAAGCGAGCCAAUGACCUUACUGACAAAAUUGCUCACAAUUUCUGCGACUAUAUGAAGCAAUUGGGUGGGGAUCAACAAUCGCAACUGUUCACUCCUAAAGCUAUCAAAGAAUUGUUCCAGAUUGAAUUUGAUACCCAUGUCGCUAGAAGUCUGCAAGUUGUGCCAAAAGAAAUGCCCACUGUAAAAGAACACAUAGCUACUAUCACUGAAAAUACCAAGGUGUCUGAAUUUGCGGCUCUUGGGCGAGAAAUUACAAAAGAUAUGAAGGCAGAGUGUCGUGGUGACCACUAUCAGGCGUUCCAUAGAAGCCUACCAAAAAAGGAACAAUGGCGUGCACAUCGCAAUGAUACCAAGAAUAUGUGGCGGUCUGCUCGUCACGUUCCGCGAGAACUUGUCACUUUAAAGACCGUUUGGGACGGCAUAACCAAUUUGCGAAGCGUGAAAGAAUACUGUCGCUGGAUGAUAGAACAUCCUGAAUACCGAAGAGCUCCAUAUCUUCGAAGCCUGGGCAUGUUUGACUCCACAGCUUUGGACGCAAGAUUAACCUUCGAGUUACAACAACAAAUGUCACCGCCGAUUCUGUCGCCCACAGACAUUCCUGCACCCAUCGACCACAUCCGUAGACGACUCUCUGAAUUGGCCGAGACCAUAAUAACCUCAUGA